AUGUUCAGUAUGUACGCGCUGGACGCUGGGCGACUGGCAAAUGACACCCACAACGUCACGUGGGCGGGAGACGCUCCGCCGUCGCCAACAAGUGGCUUCGCGACGGACAACACCACCGAGCCCUUCUCCCUCAAUGCCACCCAGACCGACAUUAUCAACAACGAACUCGUCCAGGCGACCUUCUGCCUCCUCUACACCAUCAUCUUCAUCCUGGGCGUCGUUGGAAACCUCCUGGUGUGCUAUGUGGUAUUCAGGAACAAAGCCAUGCAGACUGUGACGAAUUUCUUCAUCACGAAUCUCGCUCUGUCGGACAUCUUGCUCUGCAUCCUCGCCGUGCCCUUCACGCCACUUUACACCUUCCUGCGCCGCUGGGUUUUCGGCGUGGCGCUGUGUCACUUGGUGCCCUUCGCGCAGGGCUGCAGCGUGUACAUUUCCACGCUCACGCUCACGGCCGUGGCGAUAGAUCGCUUCUUCGUGAUCAUGUAUCCCUUCCAGCCGCGCAUGAAACUGUCCGUGUGCAUCUGGAUCAUCGUGACGAUCUGGAUGUUCUCCAUUCUGGGUACAAUGCCGUACGGGCUCUUCAUGCAGAUCAUCACCGGCAAGGAUGACCAGAACGCCGAUGUGGCGCUGUGCGAGGAGGAUUGGCCCUCGGAGCAGUGGCGGAAGGUGUUCGGAGCCCUGACGUCACUGCUGCAGUUUGCCUUCCCGCUGGUCAUCAUCACUUACUGCUACAUUUGUGUGUCUAUCAAGCUCAAUGAUCGCGCCAAGUCGAAGCCCGGCAGCAAGACCUCGAAGCGCGAGGAGGCGGAUCGCGACCGGAAGAAGCGCACCAAUCGGAUGCUAAUCGCCAUGGUGGCGGUGUUCGCCAUCUCCUGGCUGCCGCUGAACCUUGUGAACAUCUUCCACGACUUCUACUCGGUGGAGGAGGAGUGGCAAUUCACCACGCUGAUCUUCUUCAUCUCGCACUGCGUCGCCAUGUCCUCCACGUGCUACAAUCCCUUCCUGUACGCCUGGCUCAACGAGAACUUCCGCAAGGAGUUCAAGCAACUCAUGCCGUGCUUCUUCGGUCCCAACAGCGCCCUCGCGAGCGCCCCCUCGGCCAGCAUGGCGGAGGGCAGGAACCGACCCAAGGCGCGCAGCUCCCAGUGCAAUGGCGCCAACAGCGAGGCCAUGGCGGAGAGUCUGCUGCCGCAGAAGAGCAACACGGCGCCACGUGACGACGGAGAUUGCGUCAAUAUGUCAACCACAGGCACCGUCGCCUCCUCGACCACGGCAGCUUCCUCGUCCACGUCGUCCUCGCCGCCGCCGUACGCGGCCGCCGUGAAGCACCACGAUAAGACUUUCCUCCUCCCCAGCGGCGUCCUGGAGACCCACUUCGAGGAGAAUCCCAUGACAAACAAUGCAUGAGUGACACCUCAACGCGAUUCAACGUGAGAUGCUUUUCAGUGAGGUGCAAUUUUUACAGAGCGAAUUUACUGUCCAACGACAGCUUGAGGUGAGCUAUAAAGUCUGGAUCACAACUAAAGCAGCGCAAGACUUCAUUAAGCACCAUUUUGCAAGGAGAGCCACUUGUAUUAUAAUGCUAUUUUGUAUAGGAUGAGAGACUAUAUAAUUCUAUGUGAAGGAAAAACCAUGUUGAGAUGGGAAUUUGUGGCGAGAAGAGAUGCUGCUAAGGAGCCCCAAAUAGCAAUCUUCAGCGUUGAUUUUCUCCAAUCAAACUGUCGAAGAAGCUUUUCUCACAUUUCACUAAUUUUUACAGUCAUUCGCGCUGAGGGGAAAAUCAAUUACGAAGAUGUCAAUUUCACCACAAAUUCCUUGAUUAUAUAAGCCCCAUUAUCAAUAUUCUUCGAUGUAGAAAUCUGAGUUCCUUCCGUUUCUUAAGAAAAAUACAGAGAGCUUGAUGACGCGAGGGAGAAAAGCAUUCAAGAUGUUAGUGCUAAAUAGAGUUAUAUUAUAGUGUAGACUUAGAUAUUGAGAAUGUAGGCUUAGCAUAGGAGUUUAUGUAAAUUAUAUGAGUAGGUAUUGAUGAUGUGUGAUAAAGAAACAUAUUAAUGAAUAAAUAAUUGUUAAAUUG